AUGAAGGCUUACUGGUACGAUAAUCUAGCUGGUGACCAGCGUUUGGCGCACGAUUCUGGCAAAGAAGUCACCGUCGACCAGCUGGAGACUCUCGGUGUUUAUUACUACCAAAUCCCUGACAUGGAUGGCGUCAACCAACUGGCGUCCAAUCGUGGAUACAAGAACAGGGAUGAGAUUGUUGUUUCACCGGAGAAGAUGGGCGACAUAUAUGAAGAAAAGGUCAAAUCGUUCUUUCAUGAGCACUUGCACGAAGACGAGGAAAUACGUUACGUUCGCGAUGGCACUGGCUACUUUGAUGUGAGAAGCGCGAAUGACGAAUGGGUUCGCAUUCGGGUAGAAAAGGACGAUCUCAUCAUCUUGCCCGCCGGUAUCUAUCAUCGAUUCACAACUGAUGAGUCCAAUUACAUUAAGGCAAUGAGACUUUUCAAGGACGAACCCAAGUGGACACCUCUCAACAGAUCCUCCGACCUUGAUGCGAACUCUCAUAGGAAAGAAUACGUGCAACAAUACCUCCUGGAUGGGGUUUCUGCAUAG